AUGCCAGGUCAACUUUUUAUAAUUUCACCAAAAUUACCACGACCACAGGAACCAUUCGAAGGAUUGAUGCAUGAAGAAUAUCUUCCACGAAAAAUUGAUUCACAUUCUGAACCUAAUAGUCCAAUUGGUCAACAAAUAAGUUUUCCAAAUGAUAAUAAAUUUCCAAGUGAUAAUAAAUUAUCAAAACUUAAAAGAAAUUCUUCUGUACGUAUUAAUCCACCAAAACCUACAAUUGAUAGUUCAUUAGAUUGGGAUGAUGAUGAUGAUGAUGAUGGUCAAAAAUUUGGUCAUCGUGCAACACUUACUCAACGUCAACGUCAAAAAUAUAAAGAAACAAUUGCUCGUAUUAGAGAAAAUCUAAAACAAAAUAUAACUGUUUCUUCUCUUGUUUCAGCACCAAUUGUUGAAGUAACAACUGGUUUAAUAACAUCAACUAUGAAUAAUCAUUCAAUAUCUCCAAAACGAGAUGAAAGUACAGAUUCCGAUAUAGUUCAAGGUCAAACAUUACUUCAUCUAGCUGCUAGACUUGGACAUGAAGAAAUAAUGCGUGUGUUAAUAAGUGAAACAUCUCAAGCUAAUAUGUUAUUAAACAUCCGAGGACAAACACCAUUACUAUGUGCUAUUGAAUCUGAAUCGACAUCAACAGCUACAUUAUUAAUGGAACAUGAUCCAUUAUCAUUAACAUGUAAAGAUAAUAUUGGUUCAAGUGUAUUUCAUUAUGCAACAGAACAAUGUAAUUAUAUUGUUUUAUGUCGAGCUAUAUCAUUACUUAAACAACUUAGUUCAAGUACAACUCGAUUAAUUGCAUUACAACGACUUAUUGAAAAAAAUGUUAAUGGUAAAACACCAUUUGUAAUUGCAAUUGAAAAAGGUUCAUUAAAAUGUAUUAAAUAUAUUUUAAGUAGUAAAUGGUUACAUCGAAAUGUUGAUAUAGGAGAUUUUAUAAAUGCUGAUUCAUUAAAAACAACUAUUGAUAAAGAUCAAUUAGAUAUAGCAUCAUAUUUUGUAUCAGAUACAAGACGUUUUGCAGCAAUUAUACAAAUAAGAAUAAAUGCUAAUGGUCAUAUUUAUAAUGUACUUGAAUAUUCAAUAGCAUUAAAAAAACCUGAUUUUGUACGAAUAUUUAUUAGUGUUAGAAUUCCUAAUGAAGAACGUGAAUUAUAUCGAUCAUAUAAAUAUUUUUUAAAACAUUAUAAUGUUGCUUAUUCAGGUUCAAAUUAUGAUCAAACACCUAUACAACGAAUGUUGUCUAUGUCAGAAAUGGUUCCAUUAGUACCAUUAUUACUUGAACAAUUUAUUAGUGAGGAUGCUAUUGAUUUAUCUGUUAUUGAUGAUUGUUUACGAGCUCGUCCAGCUGGUAAUCGAUGUAUAUUUGGUCGUAAUAAACGAUUUUCAUCAUCAGAAUGGCUUAAACAACAUCCAUUAUCAUUAAUUGCUGAAGCAAAUUAUGCACCAGUUUAUGAUCAUGAUGUUGUUAAAAUAUGUGUUGAUUUAAAAUUUCAAUUAUUUGGAAAUUUUUUAUAUUUUUUAAUAUUAUGUUCACAAAUAUUAUUUGUUUUUUUAUAUACAGGUGUAGCACUUGCUGCACCAACACCUCUUCAAUCUUAUUAUGAUACAGCAAAUUAUACUUGUAAAGAAUUAUGUCAUAGUUUAAUAACAGAUCCUCUACAUCCUUUACCAAAUAAUCUUCUACUUCGUUUUUUACGUUUUCUAUUAUUAAUGUGUUCAUGUAUAGUAUUACUCAAAGAAUUUUUUCAAUUAAUAAUUCAACGUGAAAAAUAUUUUCGUGAUAUAUUUAUAAAAUUUCUUGAAUUAGAAACAUAUAUAUGUGCUAUAUUAUUUUCAAUUGAUCUUAAUUAUUGUACACAAGAUACUGGUCUUCGUUGUAAAUGGCAAUGGGAAUGUGGAGCAUUAGGUAUAGCUAGUGUAUGGACAUUAUUAUUAUUUGUUUUUAUGAAUUCAUUAAAAAUUGGAAAAUAUGGUCUUUUAUUUGUUAGUGUUUUUUUAACAUUUCUUAAAUUUUGUCUUAUUUAUGUAUUUAUAUGGAUUGGUUAUAUAAUUGCAUUUUAUAUGUUAUUUAUGCAUAAAAAACCACAAUUUACAUAUAUAUUUUAUGCUGUACCAAAAACAUUAGCUAUGCUUACAGGAGAAUAUGAUUUUGAUGAUCUAUUUUUUCCACAUGGACAAGUUUUACAAGGUAGUGAAGCAGCUAUGGUACUUUAUUCAAUAUUUGUAUUUACAAUGAAUAUUGUUAUUAUGAAUAUUAUGGUUGGUCUUGCUGUAUCAGAUGUAAAAUGUUUUCGUUUAAAUGCUAAACGUGAACAUUUACGGUCACGUAUUGAAACAUGUCUUGGUCUACAAGCAAAAUUUGGUCUUUUAUGUGAAACAUGUUCUCGAUUAGUACUUGCUUUAUCUAAUCAUUCAUAUUUUCUACAUUUUCAAGCAGAGGGUGCAAAUAAAUAUCAUUUAUGGAAAUUAGAAUUACGUAAAUCACGUGUUGAUCUACCUCAAUCAAUGAAUGAUAAUCAUUCAAUAACAAAUCGUAGUGGAAAACAUCAUUCAACAAGAGAACAUGUUACAUGUGAAAUAGGAUAUUAUAGACAUCAUCUUGAUCGUGCUGGUGAACCAUUAUUACAUGAAAAUGAACAUAUACGUUUGGUGCAUAAAGUAGAUGAAUUACGUGAUGUUUUUGAAAAAGCUAAUACACGUGUUCAUCAUGAAUUAAGAAAAUUAACGAUUUCACUUCAAACAGAUUUUGAUGAAAUAAAAAAAAAAUUACUCGAAAGUUAA